AUGUCUGCACGCAAGAUAAGGCUGCUUGCUCUGCACGGCAAAGGGACCUCUGCAAGGAUCAUGAGGGCGCAGAUCAAGCCCAUCGUCGAUCUACUGGGCGAGAUCGUCGUGGUCGAUUACAUAGACGGCGGUGAGCCGUCUGCUCCGUACCAAGGUGAGUCGUCGUCGGAAGACCAAGACCUUGUUGCGCUGUUACACUUGGCUGAAAAGCUGCUCCUUUGCUUGUACGCAGGUAUCGAGACCGUCUUUCCGAAGGAGUCUUACUAUGCAUGGUACCAAGAGCCCACUCGCGAUGCUCUGCAGGCUGCGCAUACGAGGGUGGCCGUACAGCUUUGCCCAGAGCAUGUCGGCAGCUUCAAGCCGCGCGGCGCUGUAAUGCCAUCGAUCUCUACAGGUCUGAAUCUCGAUUUGGGCGCCUUUUCUCUGCCGAAUACGCCACUGUCAUCCAACACGGCUACUCCGCCCAUCGGCUUCUUGCCGCACAGGUCUUUCUCUAGCGCUUCCAGUGCGGUCGGCAGAACGGAUGACUGGUGUCGGAACGGCCACGGAACGAUCCGAAGAAGCUUCAAUGCUGCUGCCAGCGUUCCUGCAGUGGAUACGCCUGUAUCGUGCCCGAGCACGGCAGGGAUCAAAACGCCGCUGCUGACCGAGAGUGGCGCUUACGAUGGACUGAUCUGCUUCUCGCAAGGAUGUGCAGUGUCGACAGGCCUGCUGCUGGAGAUGCAGCAGGAUCGUACUCGAGUCGGGCCGCCUCCGCUGCGCUUGGUGAUCCUCAUAUGCGGUGGCAGACCUUUUGGCCCGGACGGAAGCAUGGAAAGAGUCGAGCCAGCGAGCGUGCCGCCGAUCGCCAUCCGCAGCUUGCAUGUUCAGGGAAGGAAAGACGCCGGCUUGGAGGAGUCGAAGAGGCUCGCAGAUCUGUACACGGAUGUAGACAGACAAGUGCUGGAGCUGGACAUCGGACACUGUCCACCAAGACGCAGCAUGGACGUGGAAAUAGUGGCGGCCUCGAUUCGACGAAGCAUCGCGGAGAUGAGCUGA